AUGGAAGAAGUGCCAGUAGGCACGGGCACAAACGCAGGGACAGACACGGCCACAGACGCAGACACAAGUGUAGCGUCGUGCUCCAUCACCGACGACCACGACCACGGCCACGGCCACGGCCACGGCCACGGCCACGACCAUGGGCACACCCUCGCCCCCGCCCUAUCGACAGAAGUGCGCAUCCCUCAUCUCUCUCCCCCCACGUCCAGCACCACGACGUCUAUAUCCUUCACGCUAUCCCGAUCGCCCGAAUACGCCCACCGGCUCGCCGAGAUCACAUCGCGCGCCACGCUGACGGACCCGCUGAACGUCGUCUUCCAGCAAGAAACCGCGGGCGCCUCAACCCCCGUGACAAGCCAGCUGCUGUACAUUGGCGCCAAGCGGCGCGUGGACGCCAAACUCGCGGCUGGGGCGGUCGUCGUCGAGGCCGGCAACUUCGCGGCCGUGGCGUGUUGGGAGCCGCCUGCGGCGAUAGCCACCGCCGCGCAACUGACGCAGGAGCAGGAGCAGGAGCAGGAUCGGCAAAGGCCUAUCUUUGCGCGGUUCUUGCGCCAGGUCCAGGACGCCGAGACGGCGUGUUUUGGUUCGGACCCGCAGCCGCGCUGGAAGUUGUCCUUGAUGGCGCGCGAUCCGCUGCGCAGGGACAAGGGCGCGGUGCGCGCUGUCAUUGAGCCGUUCGUGACGAGGGCAAAGGCCGAGAGGGUGCCCUUGUGGUUGGUCGCCGGGAAUGAACGGGCGAGGGAUGUUUAUGCGUAUUUUGGUUUCAGGGUCGUCGACGUCGUGUGGUCGUAUCCGGGUGGCACCGACGAGGGUGUGAGUGCUGCUGGGCGUGACGGUGUCGACGGCGGCAUACCGACUUGGUGUAUGGUGUGUAAUUGGCCGGUGGAGUAG